AUGGGAAAUUCAGCGAGUGACAUCGUCUCGCGUGUUACAGGCCUCACUAAUGAAAAUCUCUCAAAAAACCAAGCCCAAGAUUUAGAGUUAUUAGAAGAUCCAAGCUUCGUUUUCAGCCCAAAUAAGCUUAUGUGCAGGGUGGAUCUCGACCCAUAUACAGUGCCUGGAUCUGAUAGCUUACGAGCGAAAGAAGAUGAUGUAGGAAACCAAGACGAAGAAUCCAUGAUCUGCAGUCUCAACAACAUUGAUAGGCUCAGGGAAAAGCACCAGGAUGCUUGCAAAGCCUUGCUGGAAGAUAUUUUGAGAAAAAGAGGAGACGACCCGAAUUCCAGAGAAAUGACCUUGAGACUCCAAGGUCUCUGCAGAAUUUUUGAAGCUCUGCUCAGGGUGGACGAGAGAGUUAAGAGAAGAAACGAAGAAGACAAAAAGAUCGAGCCAAUCAAGCCUAAAGCGCUGUCUCCUAUUGUGAGAACCACUAUGAAAUUUGGUUUGAACAGCCUUUUCCACGUCGUGGAUGUAAUGGGAAAGGCAAACCCUCAAGUCUACAAAUUCAUGAUUUCACACACUUCAGAAGUCCUUUCAGACAUUGAGCCUUUGUCGCUGAAAACAGACGACAUCAGUAUCAAUUCAUCGAUUGAAAAAAUCGUAAAUUUUUUCGAGAAAGUCUUGAGUGGAGAAAUCAAAGAGAUAGCCGACGAAGACAGGCUGUCCAGCAUUUCUUCAUUGCUAGCAAUUGCUUUGGCAACAGGGAAUUUAUCGUCUAUUUUGACGUUGGCUUCCCAAUUCAUGAAAUUAAGCCGGUCCCCCAAUUUGACUUUAUUAAUGAAAUCGAUUUCUCCGCUUUUGAAAAGCUUUAAUGACCUGAUUAAUUUUUCAGAAUACUUGGCAUGGGAUGCAGAAAAAUGCUCAAGCAAUUUAAAACUUUCUAUUAAUAAGCAGUCACUUGCUGCUAACCAAACAUCGAAUAACUCUUGUCUUUCUCAGCAGUAUUUUACAAGUGGCAUGCAUUAUUUUGAAGUGGCCUUAGACAACUAUAAUGAUGCUGUAUAUUUUGGAGUUGUUGAUUCGAAUUAUACAAGUUUUAAUGCGUUUUAUGACUCAAACCUUGUUUCUUUUGUAUAUCAAUCUACUGGAUCUAUCUUAAAACAAUCUGCGGAAGUAGAGAAGUUUGAAAAGUCAAAAUCUGGAGACAGGAUUGGGAUUUUUCUUAAUAUGGAGGCAAAAACUGUUACCUUUUAUAAAAAUGGAGUCAGGGAACAAAAAGGAAAUUAUGGCCCAGUCCCUGAUAAGGUAAGAAUUUUUGUAAGCCUAUACGGCACUGUUGGAGCAUCAAUAGUUACAAACCCAGAUAUUCCAAGUGAUGUUAAAGAAGAAAUGCUCAAAUUUCACAAACAAAUCAAUCCUGCUGAGCCUCCGUUAAUCGAAAAAUUAUCAAAGGAAAUAAAUGACGGAGAAUUUCUCGAUAUCAUGCCCUGUGAAAUAUCCUCAUUUAUUCUCCAAAAGCUUGCAAAUCUCAACGAUCCAAUUCUCCAAUUGAUUGGAAAUGGAGAAAAAAUCGCAAUCCAAAAGCAAACAGGCAUCGCAUUGGAUAUUAAGCUUGGAAUUUUUGAUCUUUUGGACUCUAUCUUGCUGGCUUUUAUUGAAUGUGGUAGAGAUGAAGAAAGAGUUCCUGCAGAAAUUUGUCACAACACAAUAGCAUCUACAGUAAAACUCAUGAGAGCUCACCUUUUGGCCUCAACAAUGUUUCAGGAUGUCUCUCUGCCAAAGGAAAAAAGACACCAAAUAAUGGAACACAUGACUCACGUUUUGGACUUUUUCCCUGACACUUCUGCAUCUGAAGAAGCAACCAAAGCUCUGUCAAGCUGCUUUUCAGUCUUUUAUCAAGACUCUCAAGAAAAGCUCAGCUAUCUGAUUGAUAGAUUAGUGGACUUCAAAGACUGCAAGCAACAGUCAGGAAUUUUUAAAGACUUGCAAGACAAAAUCUUUUUGGAAAUGGCAAUUCCUAUCAAGCUUUAUCCAGCACUGGAUAUUGUUGACGAUGAUUCAUAUGCAAAAAUAUAGAUUUUUCCAUUCAAUAGCGCGAUAAGGUGCUUUCCCUGGUAGGACCAAAAGACCUUGAACAAAUGAAGGGUUGCUUUUCCUUUAUCACUAGUGAGACACAUAAGAUAAAUGAUAAUUUGGGCCCAAUUCAGUCUAGAGAGCUUUUAGAAAUGCUAUUGCCAAAGAUACAUUUUUGGUCCGUCAAAUGAUUCUGACGAGCCAAUCUGACCAGCACUUGAAAUAAAAAAAGACUAAUUACUUUUAUUUUAUUUUUGGUCAUUAGUAUGAUCAGAAAUUUUUAAAAACGUAAUAAUUAAUAUAAUGAAUUUAACGUACGCCAAAACGUUAUGAUCCAAAAAAAAUCAAUAAUACAUAAUGAUGGGUAAUUUUUUUAUUGCUUAUUUACGCCAUUUUUUUUAAAUUUAAAUUUAAUAAAGAAAAGCCAGAUGCGACCAUCACAUCGAUAGGAUACAAAAGAAUUCAAGCAAUUUCCAUUACUUAAAUUAAAAUUCAUUUAAAAUUAUUAAGAUCUGCAAUAAAAUCACUUAAAAUUAGUUCAUAGGAACUCGCUUAAUGAUAGGUAACUUUUUUAUUGUUCGUUUUUAAGCAUUUUUUUUUAAUUUAAAUUUAAUAAAGAAAAGCAGAUAUGAUCAUCACAUCGAUAUGAGCAUAAGAAUUCAAGUAAUUUCCAUUAGUUAAAUAAAAAUUAAUUUAAAAUUAUUGAGACUUGCAUUUAAAUCACUUAAAAAUUUUGCAUAGGAACUCGCUUAAUGAUGGGUAAAUUUUUUUAUUGCUCGUUCAAGCCAUUUUUUUUAAUAAUUUUAAUUUAAUUAAGAAAAGCAGAUGCGUCAUCACAUCGAUUCGAUACAAAAGAAAUCAAGGACUUUCCAUUAGUUAAAUCAAAAUUCAUUUAAAUUAUUGAGAUUUGCAUUUAAAUCACUUAAAAAUUUUGCAUAGGAACUCGCUUAAUGGUGGGUAACUUUUUUUAUUGUUCGUUCAAACCCAUUUUUUUUAAUAAUUUUAAUUUAAUUAAGAAAAGCAGAUGCGAUUAUCACAUCGAUUCGAUAUAAAAGAAAUCAAGGACUUUCCAUUAGUUAAAUCAAAAUUCAUUUAAAAUUAUUGAGAUUUAAAUUUAAAUCACUUAAAAAAAUUUUUCAUAAGAACUCGCUUAAUGAUGGUAACUUUUUUUAUUGUUCGUUCAAGCCAUUUUUUUAUUAAAAAAUUUAAUAAAGAAAAUCCAAAUUCAAAGAUAAGAUCAAUAUCGAACAAAUGAAUUCAAGCAAUUUCCAUUAGUUAAAUAAAAAAUUCAUUCAAAAUCACAAAGAUUUGCAUUUAAAUCACUUAAAAUUCUUCAUAGCAACUUCUUUAAUGAUGGGAAACUUAUUUUCUUUAUUGAAUUUAAUAUAAAAAAAAUGGCUUAAGCGAACCAUAAAAAAAGUUACCCAUCAUUAAGCGAGUUCCUAUGCAAAACUUUUAAUUAUUUAAAUGCAAAUCUUUAUGAUUUUGAAUGAAUUUUUUAUUUAACUAAUGGAAAUUGCUUGAAUUCAUUUGUUCGAUAUUGAUCUUAUGUUUGCGUCUGGAUUUUCUUUAUAAAAUAAAAUUAAAAAAAUGGCUUAGCGAACAAUAAAAAAAGUUACCCAUCAUUAAGCGAGUUCCUAUGCAAAACUUUUAAGUGAUUUAAAUGCAAAUCUUUGUGAUUUUGAAUGAAUUUUUAUUUAACUAAUGGAAAUUGCUUGAAUUCAUUUGUUCGAUAUUGAUCUUAUCUUUGAAUUUGGAUUUAAAAUAAAAAAAAAUGGCUUGAACGAACCAUAAAAAAAGUUACCCAUCAUUAAGCGAGCUCUUAUGCAAAAUUUUCAGCGAUUUAAAUGCAAAUCUCAAUAAUUUUAAAUGAAUUUUGAUUUAACUAAUGGAAAUUGCUUGAAUUUAUUUGUAUCGAAUCGAUGUGAUGAUCGCAUUCUGUUUUUCUUUGUUAAAUUUAAAUUAAAAAAAAUGGCUUAAACGAACAAUAAAAAAAGUUACCCAUCAUUAAGUGAGUUCCUAUGAACUAAUUUUAAGCGAUUUGACUGCAGAUCUUUAUGAUUUUAAAUGAAUUUUGAUUUAACUAAUGGAAAGUUCUUGAAUUAUUUUUCAUCUUAUCGAUGACAUUGAUAGGAUACCAAAUAAUUCAAAAAACUUUCCAUUCGUUAAAUAAAAAUACAUUCAAAUCUAUUAAGAUCAAUAGUAAAAUCACUUACUCCCCCCCCCCCCCUCCGUGAGCGAACAAAAAAAUUUUGUUCGCUCACGGAGGGGGGUUAAUUUUUUUUUUUUAAAAAAAAAUUUAUAUAUAAAUUUUUAUAAAAAAAUAUUUUUUUCGAAAUUUAAAAAAAUCCUAAUUUGCAAAAAUUGGGAAGCAAAUAUUAAUUUAAUUUGCAAAAUUUAUGUUUUAAAACGCAAUUUGUUUAAAAUUAAACAGAAUUAGCUCUAGAUUUCAUUAUACUAAUUAUCACUUAUAUAUCAAAAUUUUUUUCCAUUAAAAUUUUUUCUAUUAAAAAAAUUUUUGUUCACUCACGGAGGGUGGGUUUUUGGUCAAAAAAUGGCGAUUUUUCUAAUGGUUUUGUUCGCUCACGGAGGGGGGGGGGGGAGUUAAAAAUUUUUAUAAGAACUCGCUUAAUGAUGAAACCUUUUUUAUUAUUCUCUUAAGCCAUUUUUUUACAAUUUAAAAUUUAAUUAACUAACCCCCCCCCUCCGUGAGCGAACAAAACCAUUAGAAAAAUCGCCAUUUUUUGACCAAAAACCCACCCUCCGUGAGUGAACAAAAAUUUUUUUAAUAGAAAAAAUUUUAAUGGAAAAAAUUUUGAUAUAUAAGUGAUAAUUAGUAUAAUGAAAUCUAGAGCUAAUUCUGUUUUAAUUUUAAACAAAUUGCGUUUUUAAAACAUAAAUUUUGCAAAUUAAAUUAAUAUUUGCUUCCCAAUUUUUGCAAAUUAGGAUUUUUUUAAAUUUCGAAAAAAAAAAUAUUUUUUAUAAAAUUUAUAUAUAAAUUUUUUUUAAAAAAAAAAAUUAACCCCCCUCCGUGAGCGAACAAAAUUGUUUUGUUCGCUCACGGAGGGGGGGGGGGGAGUAAGAAAAAACCAAAUGCGAUCAUCACAUCGAUAGGAUGCAAAAGAAUUCAAGGAAUUUCCAUUACUUAAAUAAAAGUUUAUUCAAAAUCACAAAGAUGUGCAUUUAAAACACUUUAAAAUUUAUUUGUAGGAACUCGCUUAAUGACGGGUAACUUUUUUAUUGUUCACUUAAGCCAUUUUUUUUUAAUUUAAAUUUAAUUAAGAAAAACCAGAUGCAACCAUUACAUCGAUAGGAUGCAAAAUAAUUCAAGGACUUUCCAUUAGUUAAAUCAAGAUCAUUUAAAAUUAUUGAGAUUUGCAUUUAAAUCACUUAAAAAUUUUGCAUAGGAACUCGCUUAAUGAUGGGUAACUUUUUUAUUGUUCGUUUAAGCCCAUUUUUUUUUAAUUUAAAUUUAAUAAAGAAAAACAGAAUGCGAUCAUCACAUCGAUUCGAUACAAAUAAAUUCAAGCAAUUUCCAUUAGUUAAAUCAAAAUUCAUUUAAAAUUAUUGAGAUUUAAAUUUAAAUCACUUAAAAAUUUUGCAUAAAAACUCGCUUAAUGAUGGGUAACUUUUUUAUUGUUCGCUUAAGCCAUUUUUUUUUAAUUUAAAUCUAAUAAAGAAAAUCCAAAUUCAAAGAUAAGAUCAAUAUCGAACAAAUGAAUUCAAGCAAUUUCCAUUAGUUAAAUCAAAAUUCAUUUAAAUUCAUAAAGAUUUGCAUUUAAAUCAUUUAAAAGUUUUGCAUAGGGAACUCGCUUAAUGAUGGGUAACUUUUUUUUAUUGUUCGUUCAAGCCAUUUUUUUUAAUUUUAUUUUAUAAAGAAAAACAGAUGCAAACAUAAGAUCAAUAUCGAACAAAUGAAUUCAAGCAAUUUCCAUUAGUUAAAUUUAAAAUUCAUUUAAAAUCAUUGUGAUUUGCAAUCAAAUCAAUCAAAAAUCCUUCAUAGAAAGUCGCUUAAUGAUGAGUAACUUAUUCUUUUGUGUCCGAAGGAUGUAAUGAUCGCAUCUGGCAUUUCUUCAUUAAAUUUAAAUUAAAAAAAAUGGCUUGAGCGAACAUUAUAAAAAGUUACCCAUCAUUUAUGAAAACAUUUUAAAUGAUUUUACGAUUGAUCUUGAUGAAUUUAAAUAAAUUUUGAUUCAACUAAUGGAAAUUGCUUGAAUUCUUAUGCUUCAUAUCGAUAUGAUGAUCGCAUCUGGUUUUUCUUUAUUAAAUUUUUAAUAAAAAAAUGGCUUGAACGAGCAAUAAAAAAGUUAUCCAUCAUUAAGCGAGUUCCUAUGCAAAAUUUUUAAGUGAUUUAAAUGCAAAUCUUUGUGAUUUUGAAUGAAUUUUUAUUUAACUAAUGGAAAUUGCUUGAAUUCAUUUGUUCGAUAUUGAUCUUAUCUUUGAAUUUGGAUUUUCUUUAUUAAAUUUAAAUUAAAAAAAAAUGGCUUAAGCGAACAAUAAAAAAAGUAACCCGUCUUUAAGCGAGUUCAUAUAACUAAAUUUUUAAGUGAUUUAAAUGCAAAUCUCAAUGAUUUUGAAUUAAUAUUUAUUUAAUUAAUGGAAAUUCCUUGAUUUCUUUUGCAUCCUAUCGAUGUGAUGGUCGCAUCUGGCUUUUCUUUAUUAAAUUUUAUUUAAAAAAAAAUUGCGGAAACAAGCCAUAAAAAUGUUACCAUAUUAUCUGAUAAUUGAUUUUCUUAUUGAUCAUGGUUUUUUUUGGCGUACGCUAAAUUCAUCAUUUUAAUUAUGACAUUUUUAAAAGUUUCUGAUCAUACUAAUGAUCAGAAAAAAUAAAUAAAAGUAAUUAGUCUUUUUUUAUUUCAAGUGCUGGUCAGAAUUGGCUCGUCAGAAUCAUUUGACGGACCAAAAAUGUAUCUUUGGCAAUAGCAUUUCUAAAAGUUCUCUAGACUGAAAUAGUCCCAAAUUAUCAUUUAUCCUAUUUGCUGGACUAGUGAUAAAGGAAAAGUAGACCUUCAUUUGUACAAGGUCUUUUGGUCCUACCAGGGAAAGCACCUUAUCGCGCUAUUGAAGGGAAAAAUCUAUAGAAAAAUAUUUACUGCUGGCAAGUGAAGAAGCUGCCAGGGCUUCAAUGGCUAUUAUAGAUGGAACUGAAUCUUCGACUGGGGUAAUAAAACUGCUCGAAACUUCUCAACUAGUACUUUUUUCUCAUGCUGCGAGAGGAAACUAUCAAGGAAAAUGGCAAAAUCUGAUUGAAUUCUAUACUAUAAAAAUUUUUACAUUAUGCGAUGGGGUGAUAAGACACAUCCAAGAAUCUCGCGCUGAUGGGAAUAUUAGUGAGAAAUUGUAUUCUGACAUCCAAAAGACAAUUUUAAAAAAUCUUCUCGAAGGCUUACUAUAUAUUUUAAUGCUCAUUCCCCCCUCCGUGAGCGAACAAAACUAUUGGAAAAAUCCCUAAUUUUGCCAAGAACCCACCCUCCGUGAGUGAACAAAAAAUAUUGAUAUAUAAGUGGUAAUUCUUUAAUUUUAGAACAGCUUGCAUUAUAAAACAUAGAUUUUACAAAUUAAAAUUACAAAUUUGUAUAUAAAUUUUCUACAAAAAAAAUUAACCCCCUCUUCGAGAGCGAACAAAUUUUUUUGUUCGCUCACGGAGGGAGAGUCAGCAAGCUAGGCUUGAACAUGCUUUCACAAUUUUUGCCUAUUCUUCAAAAUUUAAUCGCCUCAUUAUCCCAUUUCUACUCUCCUCCUCCAAAACUCACUAUAGGGAGUGGCAUUGUAACAGAAAGAUAUGAAAGUCCACACAACUACCCGGAUAACUGGAAUGUAACACAUUUAAUAAAAAUCCCACAAGUCAAAAAAUAUUCAUUGAUUUUUGAUGCACAAUGUAAAACCGAAAAUGGUUGUGACUAUCUAGAACUAUGAACUGAUGAGUCAAAAACUAAUAAAAUUGCAAGAUGGGAAGGAGAAAACUUCCCUAAUUCCUUUCGCUUGGUUAGCGAGCAAAAAACCUUGCUCGUUAAUGAAGGGAGAUUAAUUAUUGUUUGAAAAAUUUGAUAUUCAAAUUUUUAAAUAUUUCAUUUAAGUUUAAAAUUUAUGUUUUAGGAUACUAAAUGUUUAAAAUUUAUAUAAUUUCAUAGAUGCUUUAUUAAUGGAGCCGCGUAGUUUUUGCCAAGGAAUUUAUAUCAAACAAUUUUUGAUCCUAGCCAAGAGUAAUUUUACGAAAAUAUGAAUUCUCUAAUGGCUUUGUUCAGAAGAGUAAGCAGCCGUUUGAAGUUUACAAUCCUCUUUUAUUCUUUACAUUCCAUUCUGAUGGCUCUGUCAAUUAUUGGGGCUGGAAAAUAGAAGUCCAAGCAGAAGUAGAAGCUUCUUACUAUGAAAAACAGUGGCCAGACACCACAAAAGAAGCUUCCUCAAUUCUCUUAGGCUUGAUUAGCACAAAGCUGAUUUCUGGUGACUUCGAACUUAUUCAAGAAGACGAUGAAGUAGUCAAGUUACUGUCUAACCCUCUUCUGAUGUAUGGAAUCAAGGAUUCAUGCUUAAGAAUAGAAAAGCAGCCUGGACCAAUAGAAGAAAGCUUAUUGAUAUUAUCAACGACUCCAGGGGUUGGAGAAAAAUUAAAGAGAGCUAUGCUCACAAGAAGCUAUUCAGAAGACGUCAGCAGAAGAGUUGUUAGGACACAAGAAGUUGCAAUAUCGCUUGAAGACUAUGCCUCGAACUAUGGAUUCUGGGACGAUGUUGUCUACUCUGAAAAUAAAUUUUUACAAGAAUUUAUAUUGGGAUCUAAUUUGAUUAUCACAGCAUGGAAUGAAAUAAAGAAACUUUCUGGGGUUGCUGGGCCUGCUUCUAACGUAGGAGGUGCAGACAUGGACAUGGCUGAAAGGGCUAUUUUUGCAGUUUAUGCUGCGUUCUUUGAGAUAUCUGAUACAAUUCAUAGGCUGUUUGAAAAUCCUCACGAUAUCGGCGAAACUAUCAAAUUUAUAGUAAAACAAAGCAACUUAAUCAGAGGCUGGGCCCAGAAGCGUAAGCAAGAAAUAAUCGACCAAGGAAACCCAAAUAUCUCUUAUAAAGAUAUCUGUGCGGAUAUAGUAAAAAGAUGUGCACUUUUACUGGGAACUGAGUACAAAAUGUCAUUAAAUGAACUAGGGAUAAAUAAAGUGAUGAUAAACUUGCUUUCAAAUGUAGUAAAAGUCCAAACGAACGAUUCAAACAAGCUGAAAGAAGGCAGCAAGUGGAAGACAGUUCAGGAAGCAGUCAACACUGCAUCAACUCUAAAGAAUCUGCUUCAUAUUUCUUCUAAAGCUCACGAGUCUGAAAACGAAGACUUAAAAGAGUUCUUAAAAGUAUCAGAGCUCGUUAAUAAUUUUCUAGAGUCUCAUUGCUCGCUUGAUAAACUUAUUGAUGCGAUUGACAAAAGAAGGACCAGAGCAAUUGCUCGAACAUUAGGAUACUUGUGUUUGGCCAAUUUAGUAAAUUACUCAGGCAAGCAAGAAACCUAUCUCAUUCGAUCUUUUGGGGACUCAUUAAGGGAAAAAGGAAUAAAAAAGCACUAUUGGAGUGGCCUAGAAGGGGUUGAUCCUACACUGUUGCUUGUCGUUCAAAAAUCGUUCUAUCAAAUAUUUGGGCUGCUUCAGAAAGAAUUGGUAAAAUCAAGAACAAGACCUUGGACUAUUAGCUCAUACAGCCACUAUUUAUGCGUUCUAGAAGGCAUGAGCAGUCCAUUGAAAGGUGUAGACGGGCAUAUGAUUCUUGAACUGCAGUUUGCUUCAACUGUUGACAUUUUAUUAAGCUGGGCUAAAGGCCAUUUAGGUGAAGAAGUCAUUAACAGACAAUUCCAAAUCUCAAAAUGUAUUACAAGGUUCGGCAUUCUAGAAGAGCCGAAUAUUCCUGAGGGAUCUGCUAAAUUGCUACUUGAAAAGCGGGAAGGAGGGCCAAAUUUAUAUUUGGUUUAUGAUAGAGGUGGAGAAAAUGUGCUGCCAAUCGUUGAUUUCAUGUACUCCGAAAUUUUAAUCGAUGACUACGAGGAUGCAGUUGGAGAAUUCUUUGUAAAUGGAGAACCUAGGCACAUUCUAAUUAAACGUGAAGUUAUUUCGCCAAAUGGAAGCUAUUUAACAGAGCUUCCUGAUCUUAAUUCGCCUAAAUUUUCACCAUAUGACGAAAUUCUUGAAAGUGAAAAACUUGAUGAAAAGCAGAAACGAGAGAAGUUGAGGGAAAAAUUAAGUAAAAGCUCAUGGGCACUCUUUAAACUUUUGAUGCACUCAAUUGUAGGAUCGCUAGUAGAAAAUAACGAAUCUAAACAAAUACUCGUUCAAGAUCUCUUUAUCAGGGUGCUAUUUAUGGAACUUAAAUGGGAUGACUCUUUAAGGAAGCCUGACAUCAAUCCUCUUGAAAUUCAAAAACUGAGUUCUGGAUCUCCCUGGAUUGGUCAAAUGCUGGUCCCAAAAAGUUACCAAAAGAACCCUAUGGUUGAAUGGAUCAGACGAUUCCGAUUAGAAACUGAUCACUAUGAAGAAUUCAUGCUCCGCGAUAUUAUUAACGAGUUUGUUGAAAAAGCUGACCCUGCAAUGAAAGGAGUGCUAUGCAAAGACGAUAUCCGGUUUAUUGACGAGUCCAUUGCCAAUACAAUUGAAAGUUUUGAAGAAAACAAAAACUAUAAAGGGGAGUUUGAUUUCUUUAGGUACUUAAGAGUCCUUAGAAAUCUAGCUGGCGACUUUACUUUUGAAGUCCAAGAUUAUAUCGAAAAUUCUCUGCUUUGGAAAACAUUGCCCGAAGACUAUUAUGAAGCAUCGAGAGAUUAUGACUUAAGCAAUAUCAGCAGAGUUCAAAAUAUUAUUAUGGGCUGAAUUAAAGGAAAUGAUGAGUGCGCUUCUGUUAAACUUUUAAACCUGUUUAGUCAAUCCGACAUUCCUGGGAUUGUUGACAAAUCUCAGCUUCCAGAAGAUAUUCCAAAUGAAUUUAAAAACGAAUCUGGAAACCUCGACUUAUAUGUUGCCUUGCACGCAAUUCUGAAAAACCAAAAUCAAGAAAAAUUCAUCAAAUACGUUGAAGAACUUGAAAAUGUUUUCAAAAUCUAUGAUGACUUGCCAGAGUCUUGUGAAGAGAUACUCAAAGGGAAAAAAGGGCAAUCAGAUUAUAUCGCUUCAUUACUGUGGACUCUUUACAGUUGCUUUGGAUCUCAGUGCAUACCAAAAGUCCUUGCUAAAGAAGAAUAUAUCGAAGAAAUUCUUAAGCUUGCAUUCCUCAGCGGAUCAGAAAAUAUUAUUUUAAUAGGUCUGAGGAUAUUAUCUAAAAUCAUUCCUACCCAACACUCUCCCCAAACUUUGGUAAAGACUUGGGAAAGGAUUGCAAAGCUAAGGAUUGAUUUGGACAAGAACCCUGACAUCAUCUCGCUCUUGUUCAGUAAGCUUGGAAAAACCAAUUAUUGGUAUGGACAAAGAGAGUCCCAAAAAAUACUUAGAAGAUGGGGAUAUGAGGCAGAGAGCAUGCUGCUAGCUUUAAUGGCUGUCGAGAGAUGGAGAAUUCUUGUGCUAGACUAUAUGGCAAGCAGCUUGCAGGAAACUCAGAACAAUUUAAAAGCUGGAAUUCCGCUUGAACUUGGACAAGUUGGUACCCUUUAUUUAUUAGCAAAAUCUUCAAAGAAAUAUGACUCACUUGAUUCAGUUCCGUUAGAGCUUAGUUAUGUCAAGCUAAAAGGCAGCAGCAUAGCUAGAGGUGUGAUAAAGAAAAUUGAAGAGCAAAAGGCCCAUGUGUAUUCCGUUAUAGAAGACUCUCAAAUCGUAGAAAGUCUCUUAAACGUCGAAUCAAUAGAGCCGCACGUUCAAGAGUCCUCCUAUAAAUAUCUCACUGUUGAGGAUAAAGAAAGACUAGGAGAGUACAUCUUGAACUUUUGGAGAACCCUGCAAAGCUCUCACCAAGGAGUAAUAAAAGCUGAUCCAAACAAAAUUGUCUGCUUAAGAACCUUGUAUUACAAACUUGAUGCCAUGGCACUUGUAUGCAUCAUCGACAUUUAUGAGAAAAAAGACUCAAGAAAGGAAAGCGAAAUAGAAGAUAUGAUGAGCUUAAUUAUUAGAAAAAGCAAGCUGGCCAAGCCGAUCUCCAAAAAAUCAUAUGAUAGCUUGGUUGAUGAAAUCGCAAGAAAGCUCAGAAAAAUCACAGCUCCAGAAGAAGAAAAGCAACAAAUGAGCGAUCAAGAAGCGAGAGAAAUAAUGGCGAAAUGAAAUGAUAAGAUUAGAUUAUCAGCUUGAAUGGGUCUUCGGGGUUUAUUUCAGCCUCUCUCCAGUCUCCAUCAACCUUCGCAUCCAGAAGUGUGGAGCUGUCUGAGGACUCUGUCUACUUUUCUAUGGGCCGGGUAAAAUCCCUGCCGUGUCGUCCCGGUCAGGAGAAAAAAUUCAUCACGGACAAAAUUUCCAGGCCCCGUCACUCAUAGACCCCAAAAAAACCCGAGGGUAUGGGAAAGGGCGGAUCGGAUAUAAUUUGUGUGAAAUGAAAGGAAGAAGACCAAGUCAAUGCCAUGAUGAUAAUGUCAUUAGAAAUCCCUGCAGCAAGAAUCGUAAAAUGUUUUGAACUAGGAAUUAAAGAUAUGGAAGGCGUUUUGUCGUACCAAGAGCCUGUAAAAGAGCAAAAAGCAGUUUCUUUGCUUUAUAAAUUGUGCCCAGCUGUUGUGAAAACUAACUCCCCCCUUCCGUGAGCGAACAAAAAUUUUUUAUGAAAAAAAAGUUGAUAUCUAGUUAAUUUCUUUUUAAUUUUAAACAGCUUGCAUUUUAAAACAUAAAUUUCCAAAUUAAAUUAAUUCUUACUUACAAAUCGGAAUUUUUUUAAAUUUUGAUUAACUCCUCUCCGUGACCGAACAAAAAUUUUUGUUCGACAGAGGGGGAUUAAGGAUAUUCCGGGUACGGCAGAAUUAUACCAAAACAAUAUGCACCAAUUUGUCAUAUAUAAUCCCCAGAAUUCACAGCAAAGAAAAGAAAUGAUUUCUACAGUAAGCUCUAGCAUUUUCCACGAUCUUGAAUCUCUCAGUGGAACAAUAACCAUCUUGGCAGCUCUUGAAGGGACUCCAUAUGAUGGAGAAAUUUAUUAUGGGCUAAAAUUGGGAAAUAUGGAAAUUGCAGUCACUACAGCACCUGGGUUCCCUUGUCUAAUAGUAAAUGGGGAGAUGGCAAGCGAAGUUGAUUUGUCUCAGCAACUAGAGGUAAAAGUUGUAGCAAAAUCUACAGGAGAGGUAUCAUUUAGUUUUAACGCUGAUUCUCCGCCUAUAGAGCUGACAGAAACUUCAGUAUUUAAUGGCUUGAGAGUAGGAAAUUACGGAGUUUUCUUACUCCCGCCUCCGUGAGUGAACAAAAAUCUUUUGUUCGCUACAGAGUGGUUAUUUUUGUUUUUAAAAAAAAUUAUAUCGUUAGUUGCUUGUUUUAAACAUUGCAACCUACAUGUUGAAUCGUUUCUAUGUAUGAAAAGAUGAUUCCACAUGUAGGUUGCAAUGUUCAAAAACGUGCAACUAACGAUAUAUAAAUUUUAGUAAAAUUUUAUUUUUCGAAUUUAAAAAAAUCCCAAUUUGCAAAAAUUGGAAAGCAGAUAUAAUUUAAUUGUAAAAUCCAACUUAAAAAUGCAAAUUGUUUAAAAUUAAAUACUAAUUAUCACUUAUAUAUCAAUUUUUUUCAUAAAAAAUUUUUAUAUUAAAACUAUAUUUUGUUUGCUCAUAGAGGAUUGGUUUUGGGCAAAAGAUAGGGGUUUUCCAAUGAUUUUUUUUCGCUUACGUUAGAGCGGAGUUAGAAAAUGGGAAAUCUGCGUCUUUAUUGUCAUUAGAAAUUUAUGAUGGAAGGCAUGAUGGAAACUUUAACAACAAAUACCCAAAGCCUCAGUUAUUAGAAGGAGGAGAGAAUUACGUCCAAAUUCGCAUUAAAGAAGAAUCAAGUGAUAGACUAAGAUUGAAACUGCUUGGAUAUUCAGACGAGCAAGUAAUCGAAGCAUUAAGCAAUAGUCAUAAUCUUUCAUCUGCAAUAGAUUAUGCCUUUGACCAUUUCGAUAAAGAUACAAUGGACAGUCAUCAAUCUCUCUCUAUGUCCCACCACUGUAUUAUCCAAGUAAAAGUAUUUGACAAAUUUGCAGAUGUUCCUAAAGACUUUUCACUAAUUCCAGUCUAUGAAAAUGGAGAAGUAAUUGAUUAUGUGAUUCCAAAUCGAAAAAUAAUUGCAUUUAAAAAAGAAAAUGUCUCUGAUGGCAACGUAUGCAAUGGAUUUUCGAUAGGUGAAAAUCCUAAAAACUAUGAAAGCAUAGGAGAUUUAACGAUUUCUACAGAAAAUGAUCGAUCACUCCCUAUCUUUGUAAGAAUGGGACCGCUAGCACCUAAAGAAAGCAACAUAAAAGAAGUUGCGUUUAUCAAGACAAGCUCUCCAUAUUCUGUCAAAGUGCCUAGAGGGUUUAGGCUUAUAUCAGAUAAAGAAGGAAAAUGCUUAAAUAUUGCUCCUAGAAGUGAGAAAGGCCAUUAUAUUUUAGUUGGGAUUAAAGAGCAGCACAGUUUGCUUGAUUGUUUCGUUUUCCCAUUUAGUGUUGUAUCGUCAAUAUCAUCUAAUUCGAACUUCGGUCUUGUUGAUCGUUUUGAUGAAGAAGAAAAGGCCAAAGUCAAAGAAGAGGAAAAGAAGCUAGACGAUUUAUCGCUGAUGGAAAUAUUCGGACAUCUAUAUGAAGCUGAAGAAAGCAGAAUGCAGCAAGCAUCAAAGCAGCUAUUUUUAAGCAUGCUGAAGAUUUCUGCUGACACUUUGGUUAAUUUGUCAGAAAGAGAAAGUAUUGGUAAAAUCAUCGACUUUUUAGGUGAUGACUUGGACUCGCUUAGUGAUUCUUUUAAUUCAUUGAUUGAGAACCCUAAACUAGUGACCUUCAAAGAAAACAGCAUUAAAGAAGCAAUCCUAAAAUUAAUCCAAUGCACUAUUUCGACAUCUGGUGGAACGUUGAAGGUUUUGGAAUAUGAAAGCAACCAUCCAUAUGAGGAUAAUCUAGAUAUUGAUGAUAUCAUUACUAUUCCUGGUGCAAGAAUGCUUACUCCCCCCCCUCCGUGAGUGAACAAAACCAUUAGAAAAAUCGCCAUUUUUUGCCCAAAAACCCACCCUCCGUGAGUGAACAAAAAUUGUUUUAAUAGAAAAAAUUUUUAUUGAAAAAAAAUUAGAUAUAUAAAUGAUAAUUAGUAUAAUGAAAUCUCGAGCUAAUUCUGUUUAAUUUUUAAACGAAUUGCUUUUUAAAACAUAAAUUUUAUAAAUUAAAUUAAUAUUUGCUUUCCAAUUUUUGCGAAUUAGGAUUUUUUUUAAAUCUCGAAAAAAAAAUAUUUUUAUAUAAAUUUAUAUAUAAAAUUUUUUAAAAAAAAAAAAAUUAACCCCCUCCGUGAGUGAACAAAAUUUUUUUGUUCACUCACGGAGGGGGGGAGUUAGAAUUGAAUUCGACCCUCAAUGCCACACAGAAAGCGGCUGUGAUCCGUUAAGAUUUUAUGAAAAUAGCGGACGACAAGGAGAACUUGCGAAUUAUUCAGGCCAAGGAGAAAGUUCAUGGAAAACACUUGAAGUGAAUGGAGAUACAGUAUAUACUUGGUUCCAUACAGAUGGUUCUGUUCACUAUUGGGGAUAUAAGUUCACAGUGACUCCUAUUGGUGCCACUCAAUCUGGAGAUGAAGGGAAUGUGUCUCCUGAUUCUUCUUUAUGGCUUAUUGAAAAAAUCGCAAACCAAGCCAACUUAAGCCGCGGUUUAGAAGCCAUCUUAUCUCCUAGGUUCAUACAAGUAUUAUUCUUAUUUGCUCUGUCUUCAAUAACUCAGGACAAAAAGUCGAAAUCUCUUGAUAUUUUAAGAAAAAUUUUCAGAGGUCAGCAGCAUCGAACAUUAAAUUCAAUUCUUGAUAUUCUCUUACAGGAAGCAAGCACGCUUUACAAAGCAAAUUUAUCUAAAAAAUCUAGCAAUGCGCUCCUUCAAUCAUUAAUUUUGUUAUUAGCUCAAGCAAGAAAUCAGUACAAAAUCAAUAUAGAGGUUUCCUCUAUAUAGCGCUGAAAGCGCAGACAUUUUCCCAGGAGCUUUCCAAGUUCGUCGGACCAAAUCGCUUUUUGGUCCGACCAAGGCAUUGAUUUGGUGCAACCAACCGAUAAAUUCCGAUCAGAAUUUAUCGGCCUUACAGCGCCAAACAUAGGAAACUUCUAUAUAGAUGAUUCAUGGUUUACCGAUUUUUGCGAGUUACUGUCAGAUAUGAGAGGACUAAGCGAAAAAGAUGACUAUCUUGACGCCUUUUUGUUUGGAAUCUUUAAUAAAGGAAGCUCAUCAAAAAUUGAAAAAUAUUUCGAAUCUUCGCAUCCUUAUAAAAGAGUUACAACAAAAGAAAAAAUUGAAAUUCCAGGCGCGAGCUUGCUUAAUAUUGAAUUUGCCCCAGAAACCAAAGCAGACUCUAGAGAUAAUGCUUAUUUUUCAUAUGAUGAAGACGGAAUGGUGCCUGUUGAAAGCACUAUGAUGAGAAGCGCAACCAAUAUAGCGAAAUGGUCAAGUGAUCCAAAGGGUCCUGAUAUCUCUUUGUCAAAUGAAAACAUGACAAUAACCAGAACAAAUGCUUCUAAUUGGGGAAAUGCAAUAUGGAACGAAUCAUAUUCUUCAAACGUCGUAAAAAUAAAUUUUUCAAUUGAAAACUCUAGCGAUAGUACCUAUCUUUACAUUGGCAUAUAUAAAGCUGGCGAAAAUUAUAACUUAGCCGAAGCCAUAGGAACAGAUUGCUCUACACCUGUUUGGAGCUGGAAAUGUUCUGGAGAAUACAUCACAAAUAGCUCAAGCAUUGAUGGAAGAGCAUAUAAAACCGGAGAUCUAGUGUCCUUGCUUAUUGACAUGAACAAAAAAGAACUUACCUUCUUAUUAAAUGAAGCUGAAGUCCACAAAUUCACUGGAAUAGCUGCUGAAGUAAUCCCUUGCAUUUCCUUUGGCGGCUCAAAUCAAAUUGUUAGCAUAAAGUCAGUAGAAAAAAUUAGCUCAUUGUCAUCAGUUUUAAAUGAGAGAAAAUUGCAAGCAAACAAAGAUGCUGUUUAUUUAUGGUUCCCUGUGAACAAUGGGUUUUUAGCAAAACCGAAAUGGGAACAUGCUACAGAAAACGCAAUAAAAAGCUCUGAUAGCUUGACGUUGACAAGUACAAGUGAUACUACAGGGAUUUAUUAUUCUGAUAUAUCCAUCACUUAUGGACAAUAUUAUGUAGAAGCUCAAAUAAAAUCGGGUGGGCAAAUAGGUCUAGGAAUUUUUAGCAGCAACAGUAAGACUUCAAGAGAUAUAGAAGAUCCAAAGCAAGUAUGCUAUUAUUCGGAUGGAAGGGUAAAGAAUCAAGACACAAAUAAAACCAAAGAAUUCGGAGAAGGAAGUAUAAUUGGAGUAUAUGUAAACAUGGAUUUAUCCCAAGUGCAAUUCUAUCUUAAUGGAGAAGUUGUAUUUUCUGACUCAUAUCUCCAGCCUUUAAGCGAAGGUGAGAGCUACACCUUUGCUGCAAUUCUGACCACAUCUUCGCAGUCAAUAACUCUAUCACAAAGUCCAAAUCUUCCUUCUGGCCUAGAUCUCAUGAAAAUUGAUGAGAGCAGAGAAGCUCAAGAAUGGGGCUAUAAGAUCAAAGUUGUUCCAGAAUUCAAAGGAAGACACCCAGAGGUCAUCAAUUCUGUGCUCAGUUUCAUGAAUGAAGAAUCGAAAAAAGAAUGGUUCGAAGUUUACAAGCCUAAAUACUCCCAUCUCUUCAAGUGUGGAGCAGUAGACCAGCUUGUCAUUUAUCUCGACGAGUUUUCUCAAAUGAAAGGAAAAGACAUUCUCAAGCUCACAAAUGAUGACUUAACUCCAACUGAAGCUGAAUUGAUCUAUUAUCCGGAACUAGAAAAACUAACUCCCACUCUCCGUAAGAGAACAAAUCAUGGGAAAAUGCCUAUUUUUUGAGUUAAGCCCACCUCCGUAAGAGAAAAUUUUUUAUGAAAAAAAUGAUAUAUAUGUAAUAAUUAUAAUGGAAUCUCAAUAUUUGCUUUACAAUUUUCUAAUUGGGGUUUUUUAAAUAAAAUUUAUAAAUAUUUUUUUUUAAAAAAAUCCAUGAGCGAACAAAGUUUUUUUGUUUGCUCGCGGAUGGGGGAGUAAGUGUAGAUGAAAUAAGGCAACUUUACCAGAUUAUUUUGGACUUUAAUAAAAGAAUAGAAAACUCGCUGUAUUUAUUCAAUCUGCAUAUAGAAAGCUAUGAAAACAUGAACGAACUGCAAAGAGUUUUCAUGGGGUCGAGAAAUUAUAUUUUCUUUAUAUUAAAAAAUACACUAUUAAAAGACUGUUUACUCCCUUUUUGCUAGUAAGCUUAGCAAGUAAAACAUAAUAAAGAUCAUUUUUGUUAGAAAAUUAGAAAAAAAUGCUUAUAAAAAUAAUAAUUUGACAUUAAACUAAUUAUUAUAUAAAAAUCUCCAGCUAAUUCUCUUUAGUUUUGACAGUUAAAUUUAAAAUAUAAAUUAUUAAAUUUUCUCUUAUUUAUUUACAAAUUUGGAUUUUGUUAAAUCAAAGAAAAAGAUUAUAUAUAAUUUAAUAUUAUGCUUUUUCAAAAAAUAUUAAACUUCUUGAAUAAAAAGUAAAAAUUUCGUAAAGAGGUAGUUAGGAAAAACUCAUUCAGACGUAAGGACAGAAAUCACAGUUGAUAGACCUAAAGCAAUGAGGCACAGGCACAGAAAAGAUGUUGAUGUGAAUGGGCAGUUCUCUAUUUUCGGGCAAGUAUAUAGAGGAUUAAUCAGUAAAGGAAACCGAGACUUCAGAAAUGCAGAAAGAGUCUUUAGAGUCUCUUACAGAGGUGAAGCAGCUUCUGAUGCAGGUGGCCCUUAUAAUGAAGCAAUUAGUAAUAUGGCUGAUGAACUCCAAUCAUCAUUUCUAAAGCUUUUUGUUCCAAUUCCAAACCAAAUUAACGACAUGGGAGAAAAUCGAGAUUGCUGGAUAGUCAAUCCAAAUGCUACUCAAAAGAUUGACUAUGAGCUCUAUCUAUUUUUAGGAAAAAUGAUGGGUGCUGCCAUUAGAACACAAAACAAUCUAAAUCUAUCUCUUUCUCCUCUGUUUUGGAAACGUCUGCUUUGGGACCCAGUAAACAUCAAAGAUUUGCGAGCGACUGAUCUUUGCACAGUCCAAAUCCUAGAAAUUUUGAGAAAUUUAGAAGAAAAUGGUAUGACAAGGGAAAACUUCUCAGAAGCAUAUGAUAUUAAGUUUUCAACAAAAGAUUCUGGUGGAAAAGAUGUAGAAUUGUGUGAAGGCGGGACUGAAAUCCCAGUCACGUUUGACAAUGCAAAAGAAUAUGCUCAAUUAGUAGAAAAAUACAGACUAACUCCCCUUUAAUUGGAGCAAAAGAUAGGGAACAAUUUUUUUUUCAAUAGGAAAAUUUUAUAGGCGAAAACAUUAAUUUCAUAAAAUUUGUUUUGACUUAAUUUAACAGAAAAAGUUCAAGUACAAUAUUAUUUAAGCAGUUUUCACUCUGAUUUGAUUAAUUUUUUAUAUAAGUCAAAAAUAUUGGAUUAUUUUUUUAGUUUUUAAAAUUUUAAAAAAAAAUAUUUAUAUAAAAUAUUAAUAUAUAUUUUUUGUGAAAAUAAUAGUCCAAUAGGAUAUAUUGUCCAUAUUUAAAGGGUGGAGUAAAUGAAAAUCCUGAGGCUUAUAGGAUGAUCAGAAAAGGGAUAAGCGCUGUUGUUCCUAUGGAUAUAUUGAAUUUAUACAAAUUUACCAAGAAUAACCCACUACGGAGCAUUUUUUGGUAGCUAGGCAAUAUCUGGUUUGCCAAAAUUUGUUGGCAUGCAUAUUUUUCUGCUAACCAAAUUUAAAAAUGGGAUCCAAAAAUACUCCUCAGUGAGCCAUUCUUGGUAAAUUAGUAUAUUUAGCUGGAAACAAGUACAAACAUUGAUUUGUGGAGCUCCUGAUGUAGAUGUUGAUCUUCUGAAAGGAAAUACUGAUUACGAUGGGUCUACAGAAAAUGAUGCUCAUAUCAGGUAUUUCUGGGAAGUUGUCAGAGAAAUGACACCGAAGGAGCGCUCGUUGCUGAUUAAGUUUAUAUGGGGAAGAUCCAGGCUUCCAUUCGGUCGGGAUUGGCGACAUCUGAAAAUUGCAAACUUCAAUCCUUCUGGGCCAGUGGAUAAGUAUCUUCCUCAGACUCAUACCUGCUUCUUUACUAUUGAUUUACCUAGAUAUACAAGUAAAGAAGUUAUGAGACAAAGGCUUCUUUAUUCAGUAACCCAUUGCACCGCUAUCGAUCUAGAUGGAACUGCUGGAACAGGAUGGGAAGAUGAAGAUUAA